UGUAAACUUUUAUUUGUACGGGAUUUCUAUUGCGCCAAUAACUUAUUGAACAUUGAAAAAGUAUGAAACAAGUUUAAUAUCCGCUCCUCCGGUACUAACUUCAAAUUACUUCAAGACACGCUCUGAACAUGACAGUUGAAAUAUAUCUAAACAUUGUAUUGGUUUUUGUAUUUUGAUCCAUAAAAAAAAAAUUCUUAAACGGAAACAAGAAACUUAUUAUUUACAAAAAAUGAUUUUAUCCUAAACGGAGAAGGAAAAAAUUAAUCAAAUGACGAAAAUUUUCCUGCGAAACAUAUUUUAUGUUAUUACUGUUAUAAGUCAACUUUUCGAAAUUCAGUCAUUUGACUAUCAGCAUAAAAAUGAGUGGUAUAAACAGUAUCCAGAUUGCGCUGGGAAAACUCAGUCUCCUUUGGAUAUUAACACAAGUCAAAUAAAAACUGAAAUCAAGAAUCCAAUCAGAUUCAAGGGACACGAUCGCCAACCACGAGAAAUGUAUUUAAAAAAUAAUGGUCACACUGUGGUAAUUAAUCCUGUAUAUUCAUCUGAAGAACCAAGUGUGGAAGGUGGAUCUCUUAAUGGAACAUACAUUUUAGACAGCAUUCAUUUCCAUUGGGGCUGUAGAAAUAACAGAGGAAGUGAACACACUGUUAAUGGAAAGCACCUUACUUUAGAAAUGCAUAUGGUGCAUUAUAAUGAUAAUUACUGUUCAAUACAAGACGCUCAAGAUAAACCUAACGGUCUUGCGGUGAUUGGAAUAUUUUUCAAGAUUUGCAAUAAAAAUGAUGGUUCCACACUUCGACCUUUAGUUGAAAAUUUGAAAAAGGUGCAAAAAAUAAACGAACAAUCAUCAAUAAAGCCAUUUUCACUCAAGAUUUUUAAUUUAAAGGAGGAAAUUAAAUUAAUCACUUAUCAAGGAUCAUUAACCACUCCUCCAUGUUAUCAAACAGUGACUUGGAUACUGGCGGCAAAAAUUCGCAGAAUCACUAAUGAACAGGUGGAAGAAUUUAGAAAGAUAAAUUUAAAGCAUGGAAAUAUGGAAAAUUUCCGAUCAGUGCAACCAAUAAAUAAUCGGAUUAUAAGUAUUGCUAAGGGUUCAAUGUGCUCAAUAUAAAUAUUUGUAAAUUAAUAAAAAAAGAAUAUGAGUUAAAUUUACCCACGAUGAAAACGAA